AUGGGUCGGAAAACCAAGCAAAAGUCAUGCUUCGCGUGCGUUGAGACCAAGCGUCGCUGCGACAAGCGAUAUCCCUCAUGCUCACGCUGUCUCGAUCGGGAGAUGGUCUGCACUUAUCCGCCUCUGCCAAGACGACAAGCUCUCGACUUCACUGAGACUGAAGCUGCUCCAGACAUAGGCUUCGGCGAUAUGUGGACUUCUUCUGCCGACACGAGCAGUCUUGCUCUAGUUCCAGAAAUGUCGGAGCCCUGGCUCCUCGAUCCCGUCUUCAGCGCCAGUCUGAACUGCCCGUCAAUACCGUCGUGGACGCCCUCUUUAUCAGACCCAUCCUCGCUACCAGGUUCAUCCUCAAGUGGGAUGCCUGGGGCUUCGGGUCAGCUGACGCAUAUAUCCCGAGACUUGGGCUGGUUUCUUGGACCUCAAUCAUGGACUAUAGGAUAUCACUACAGCGCCCCAGAUGUGAUCCCACCAGCUUCCGUCUUCACUAAUUUCAUACGCGGCUUACAAAAUUGGCUGUCCCGUUUUGUAAAAACAGGGCACAACCCAUUUAUCCAUCGACAUCUCCAUUCGGACUCGGGGUACCCGCAAUGCAUUCAAGACGCGUACUCGGCAUGUGUUGUCUCCAGUGCUUCCAGUAGCGAGAAUGAAACGAUCGUCAAUGCAAUCUCUGCUACUCACAUCACGAAUCUACUCAACGCUCAGCCCGCUAGGGGCACCAAUAUCAUGUCCACCAGAGACCAUCUGGCCCGCACGCAAGCUCUUCUCAUUCACAUCCUUCUCGCACUCUUCUCUUCCUCAAUUGAACGUCGUGCAAGGGCUGAGAAUCUCAUCAGCCUUCUUCAUGCGUGGAAGAACCAGCUAUGGGAGUGUGCAACACACGACAGUACACUUGUCUCACCAUUGCCGAUCUUGGCCAACUCUAGUGAAACAGCUGUCGGGGAUUUAGAUCCUAUCCCCGGCCUUUACCGGUCCUUUAUCCUCUCCGAGUCCAUCCGACGUACCGGAUUACUGUGCAACAUCGCCACUGGUGUCUACAGCGGUCUGAAAGGCAGCAACAUACAAUCAUGCGGGGGUGACAUUCACAUUACCACGCAAGCCAAGUUCUGGGAGGCAUCUUCCUCUGCCAGGUGGGAGGCUGUUGCUCGAAACACCGAUCCCUUAUUUAUCUACACUCUAAAGGGACAAAUGCUACUGGAUCGUGGUGUUGGCGCUGCGCAAGUUGAUGAAUUUGCGCGACAUUUGUUUACUAUCAUGUGGGGAUUGGAAAAGGUUGAGACUUGGGUCGUGAGAACAGGAGAUGAGGUUUCUGUUGUAUACUAG